AUGGAAAAGGUGAAAGACCUACUGGCUCGUGAACGGGAGGAGAUCAACCUUCUGCGCGAGCCGUUGCGCACUCUUCGUCUCUUCUUUCUGACGUGCGUGAAGUCCGUCGCUCGAUUCGUGUCAAGACAUAUGCGACCAACAACACUUCUUGUUGCUGUUCCUCUCAUAUUCUUUACGAUUGGAGUCUCACUGUUUUGGAUCGAUUCCCCUUCAGGUCACGCCUUCCAUGCACUUGACACCGAUGGUGACGGUCUCGUCUCACCAGCUGACUUUGAGACGUACUACACUCGGGUUAUGCACCAUAAAGCUGGCGCCGGUGAGCAGGCGUCCGCCGCCUUUCCAGAAGACACCACACGCUUGAACAAGGCGCAAUUUGUGGCGUGGUGGGAAGAAGGACAGGGUGAUACACUUCGACGUGAUGCAUAUUUUAGGCAGGGGACGUGGCGAGAAGUGGAGUACCUGCUUGCGGAUGCGGUGUGGUGGCUGGUGCUCGGUAUUCUCUCUUCCAUUGGAUUGGGCACUGGAAUGCACUCGGGGCUGCUAUUUUUGUUUCCUCACAUUUACCUGGCCUGCGCUUCCGCGGACUCCUGCGGCAACUCCAACUACUGGACAUACCCAGUGAACCCCUUCUACGGCCCGCGCGAUCGCACAUUUCUCUGCAUCACCCCUACACUGGCAAUGGAGGCUCCAUCCACCAUUGCUCGCUUGCUAAAGGUAAUUCCCGCCUGCGUUCUAUGGGGGGCAGGGACCGCCAUUGGGGAAAUUCCGCCAUAUGCCUUGAGUUACGCUGCCGCACUCCAAGGUCAACGGCAUGCGGAGUUGAAGGAAGACUCAAAGUACGAUGUUCUGAAUCGCAUGAAGAACUGGACGCUAAACAAGAUCCAGCUUUAUGGUUUUUGGGCAAUCCUUCUUCUUGCCGCAUGGCCUAACAUGGCCUUUGACCUUUGUGGCAUGGCUUGUGGGCAGUUCCUCAUGCCUUUCUGGUCCUUCUUCGGUGCCACCUUCAUCGGUAAGGCACUGAUAAAGGUCAACAUGCAAGCAGUCUUUUUUGUGUUUCUAUUCUCCGGAGAUAAUAUUGAACGUAUGAUCCGCCGUACUGGUGAAACAGUGGCUAGUUUUGUGAUUCUUCCCACUUGGGCGGCGCCGCAGGGGACCAAAGGACUGGUGAACAAAUUUGUUAACGCCAUAGUAAAUGCGCGUGAGAGCAUUGCUGCGAGAGCGCGGGGCGCUGUGCAAGGUGAUACGGAGAAUUCGGGGUCGUUUCUCAUGGUGACCAUGCACUGGUGCGUUGUGGCUGCGGUGGCUUGGUUCGCAAAGUCUAUUGUGGAGUCGCUCGCUCAAAAUGAACAAGAGGAGAACGACAGACUCACAAUUGAACGUGUAGAGAAAAUGAUUUCGCAUCGUCGCACGAAGAGUGCAGUACGGGAAGAAGAACUACGCAAUCUCAUUGAGCUUGCACGGGCCGGUGAAAAGGAAGCAGCUUCUCAUUCGUCAUUUGACUCGGCUGUCAUGACACUGUUUGCCUUGGCCGCUCUCGCUGGCGUUGCGUUGGCAUCCUACCCCUUAUUUGCGCUCAGCCUAUCAAUUCUUGUGCACACGUUGCUGUGUACGCAGUGUACGAACGAUUCACUAAAUCGAUGGACGCUGUGGGGGUUGCGCAUGGCGCUUUUAUCUGGAGCCCUCUACGCUCUGCACACCCAGCACACGGCGUAG